AGCGUCUAUGUAUUGUCUUCCGUUAAGUUGUGUGAUUAAUUAUUGUGCGCUUGCGAUUCUGUGAGUCGGCCGUACUCGUCUGAUUCUGGCGGACCCGAGGAGGAGCUGACGGGCUCGUACUCCCGACCGCAGCCCCCAGGAGACGUCCUGGAGGCAUCCGGGGCCUGAAAAAGUGGCCCAUCUGUUCUCUGGAACCCGGUCCUUUUGGACGCGUGGUUCGUCUGGGAGACGAGAGAUCCGGACUCUCGACACAGUCUCCAUCUGGCUUCUACUUUCGGUUUGCUACCGAAACCGCGCUGCGAAAAUAAGUGUAGUCUGUGUUUGUUUUCUGUUCGUGUCUGGUUUAAGAUUCACUAUGGGACAGACUGUCACAACCCCCCUUAGCCUUACUUUACAGCACUGGAAGGAUGUUCAGGUUACAGCCAGCAAUCUCUCGGUAGAAGUCCGAAAGAGAAAAUGGAUGACUUUCUUCGUCAGAAUGGCCCACCUUCAAUUGGAUGGCCGCGGGAGAACCUUUAACUUGGCUAUUGUUUUGCAGGUUAAGGCCAAAGUAAUGGACCCGGGACCACAGGGACACCCGGACCAGGUCCUCUAUAUUGUUACUUGGGAGGCUCUUGUUUUAGACCCUCCCCCUUGGAUUAAGCCCUUUUUAUCUACCCCAAACCUCAAAACCCCUACCCUCUUGACCAUUCCGUCUGCCCCUCAGCUCCCUCCCCCACUCCUUCCUUCCCCAACUCCCCAUCCCCCUCCACACACCUCACUUUACCCGGCCCUUGUUCCCUUAGAAAGUAGGAAACAAACUUCAGAGAAGGACAAGCCAACUACCCCAAAGGUUCUGCCCCCGGGGGAAGGCGUCCUGCUGAACCUAUUGACCGAGGAACCUCCGCCCUAUCAAGGGCCCGCUCCUCAACCUCAGGGAGCGGCAGUUGCCGCUCCUCAACCACCAGCCGACCCCGCACCAUCCCCGGUAGCCGGCCGGCUCCGGGGGCGCCGAGAGCAGGCCGCAGACUCUGCCACCACCUCUCAAGCGUUCCCCUUGCGUGCAGGGUUGGGUGGUCAGCUACAAUACUGGCCCUUCUCAGCCUCCGCCUUGUAUAACUGGAAAAAUAAUAACCCUCCCUUUAGCAAGGAUCCCUCAAAAUUAACCUCUUUAAUUGAAUCUAUCUUGGUAACUCAUCAACCCACUUGGGAUGAUUGCCAGCAGCUGUUACAGGUACUACUGACCACUGAGGAGAAACAACGCGUUUUCCUCGAAGCAAGGAAAAACGUCCCCGGAGAAAACGGGCGCCCCACUCAACUGCCCAAUGAGAUAAACGCUGCUUUUCCCUUGGAACAGCCAAACUGGGACUUCAACACACCCGAAGGUAGGAACCACCUACGCCUUUAUCGCCAGUUGCUGUUAGCGGGUCUCCAUGUGGCCGCUAGGCGACCCACCAAUCUGGCUCAGGUUAAGCAGAUAGUUCAGAAAGGAGAAGAAUCGCCCUCGGCUUUCCUUGAACGUCUUAAGGAGGACCGCAUUUACACUCCUUAUGACCCUGAGGAUCCGGGACAGGCUACGAAUGUCGCCAUGUCUUUCAUUUGGCAAUCAGCUCCAGAUAUCAGAAAAAAGUUAGAAAGAUAGGAAAAUCUUCAGACGUUGUCCCUUCAAGAUUUACUCAAGGAAGCCGAACGCAUUUACAAUAAACGAGAGACUCCAGAAGAAAGGGAGGAAAGACUUAGAAAGGAAGCAGAAGAAAGGGAGAGUGCACGUGACCGUAAAAGAACUAAGGAAAUGAGUAGGUUACUGGCCACCAUAGUGACAGGGCAGAGACAGAAUAGACAAGAGGGAGACAGACGGGGUACCCAAGUGGAAAAGGACCAAUGUGCCUACUGUAAAGAAAAGGGGCAUUGGGUGAGAGACUGCCCAAAGAGACCCAAGGGACCUAGAAGACCAAGGCCCCAGACAUCCCUGCUAACCCUAGACGAUAGGGGGGUCCAGGCCAGGAGCCCCCCCCCUGAGCCUAGGAUAACUCUGGAAGUUGGGGGGCAGCCCGUCACCAUCCUGGUUGACACGGGGGCCCAACACUCGGUGCUGACCACAACCCCCGGACCCCUGAGUGACCGAUCGGCCUGGGUCCAAGGAGCCACUGGAGGGAGGCGGUACCGAUGGACCACCGACCAUAAGGUGCAGCUGGCUACUGGUAAGGUGACGCAUACCUUCUUGCAUGUUCCCGACUGCCCCUAUCCCCUACUGGGAAGAGACUUGCUUACUAAAUUGAGGGCACAAAUUCAUUUCGAAGAAACAGGGGCACACAUUACUGGGCCCAAGGGACAGCCAUUGCACGUACUGACUCUUGGGAUAGAGGACGAGUACAGGUUGUACGAACAAGAAAAGAGCAAAGAGGACCUGUAUAUACACCCCUGGGUGCAAAGAUUCCCACAAGCUUGGGCAGAGACGGGAGGUAUGGGCUUGGCCGUCCACCAGGCCCCUUUAGUGAUCCUACUAAAAGCCACUGCCUCGCCUAUAUCCAUAAAGCAAUACCCGUUGUAGGAAGCCCGCCGGGGAAUCCGCCCUCACAUAAAGAGACUGUUAGACCAAGGAAUACUAACCCCCUGCCAGUCUCCUUGGAAUACCCCGCUUCUCCCAGUCAAAAAGCCGGGAACUCAAGACUAUAGACCAGUACAGGACUUGAGAGAAGUCAAUAAGCGGGUUGAGGACAUCCACCCCACGGUCCCUAAUCCAUACAACCUACUGAGUGGACUGCCCCCUACUCACGUCUGGUACACCGUCCUGGAUUUGAAGGACGCGUUUUUCUGUUUGCAGAUCCACCCCAGCAGUCAACUUAUUUUUGCCUUCGAAUGGAAAGAUCCAGAAUUGGGAAUAUCAGGACAAUUGACUUGGACUAGGCUACCCCAGGGAUUUAAAAACAGUCCUACACUGUUUGAUGAGGCGUUACACCGGGACCUAGCCGACUUUAGAAUCCAACACCCAACCUUAAUAUUGCUCCAGUAUGUAGAUGAUCUUCUAUUGGCAGCCCAGACAGAGGAGGACUGUAAAUCAGGAACUGAAGCCCUCUUGCAGGCCCUGGGCACCCUAGGAUACAGGGCCUCCACGAAAAAGGCGCAAAUUUGCCAAAAGCAAGUCACGUACUUAGGAUAUCAGAUCAAGGAUGGGCAGAGAUGGCUGACAGAGUCUCGCAAACGGGCAAUUAUGGAUAUUUCCCCCCCCCCCCAGAGCCCAAAACAACUACGGGAAUUUCUGGGUACAGCUGGAUUCUGCCGUCUAUGGAUCCCCGGCUUCGCGGAAAUGGCCGCCCCUCUGUACCCGCUGACGAAACCAGGGACGCUGUUCGCCUGGGGAGAGACCCAGCAAAAGGCCUUCCAAGACAUCAAGGAGGCCCUUUUACACUCCCCGGCUUUAGGAUUGCCAGAUCUAACCAAACCUUUUGAGCUAUUUGUAGAUGAAAGACAAGGGUACGCAAAAGGGGUCCUGACCCAAAAGCUGGGACCCUGGAGACGCCCUGUGGCUUAUCUCUCCAAAAAGCUGGAUCCGGUUGCUUCCAGAUGGCCCCCAUGCCUGCGGAUGGUAGCGGCGAUGGUUCUGGUGAAAGACUCGGCCUCUUUGUGUUCAAGACUAGUACUUGAUGGGCCUAUAGUGACUUUAAAUCCAGCCACUCUGCUACCGCAACCCGGGGAGGCGGAACCUCAUGACUGCUUGCAGAUCCUGGCCGAAGUACAUGGAACUAGACCCGACUUGACCGACCAGCCUCUCCGAGAUGCCGAUUUCACCUGGUACACGGAUGGGAGCAGCUUCUUGGACAAUGGGGAGCGAAAGGCCGGAGCCGCUGUUACCACCGAGACUGAGAUAGUUUGGGCCAAGGAACUUCCGCCUGGGACAUCGGCACAGCGAGCCGAGCUGAUCGCCCUGACCCACGCACUCAAGAUGGCAAAAGGGAAAAAACUCAAUGUUUACACGGAUAGCCGCUAAGCCUUCGCCACUGCUCAUGUACAUGGAGAGAUCUAUCGCAGGCGGGGCUUACUGACCUCAGAGGGCAAGGAAGUCAAAAAUAAGCCUGAAAUCUUGGCCCUACUCGAGGCCCUAUUCUUGCCCCAAAAACUGAGCAUUAUGCAUUGUCCGGGGCACCAAAAAGGACAGACCCCGGAAGCAAAGGGCAAUCGACUGGCUGAUGAGGCGGCCCGAGAAGCAGCGCUAAAAGGGACUCUAAAAACCCCGGUCCUUCCAGUAGCGGCUAAGCCCCAGACAAAAAGACUCAGUCCGCUCCCAUACAGUCCAGAGGACAUGGACGAUCUAAAGAAAAUGGGGGCCACCUUUGACCCUGAAAAAGGGAUUUGGACCCAUGAUGGGAAAACAGUUUGGCCAAGGAAAUGGACUCAUCAGAUGAUAGACAGCCUCCAUAAACUAACCCACCUCAGCAACAGAAAAAUGAAGACCCUCCUUGACCGAGAAGAGGGACUGAGGUAUCUCCUGGGAAAAGAGGAUAGUCUGCAAUUGGUGACGGAUCAGUGCACAAUAUGCGCACGCGUCAACGCCGGGAAAACCAGAAUAGGACCAGGAGUGCGGAUGCGGGGACAGCGGCCAGGGACCCACUGGGAGAUCGACUUCACAGAAAUAAAACCUGGACAGUAUGGAUACAAGUAUCUCCUAGUGUUCGUGGACACCUUUUCAGGCUGGGUAGAAGCCUUUCCUACCAAGCAAGAAACCUCAAGAGUGGUAACAAAGAAACUGAUGGAAGAAAUUUUCCCCCGGUAUGGUAUGCCACAGUUGUUAGGGACUGACAAUGGGCCCGCGUUCGUCUCCCAGGUGAGUCAGCUGGUGGCCAAACUGCUGGGGAUUGAUUGGAAAUUACAUUGUGCCUACAGACCCCAGAGUUCAGGACAGGUAGAGAGAAUGAAUAGAACAAUUAAGGAGACUUUAACUAAAUUAACGCUUGCAACUGGCAUGAAGGAUUGGGUGUUCCUCCUCCCCCUAGCCCUUUAUCGAGCCCGAAACACCCCAGGCCCUCAUGGCCUUACCCCUUUUGAAAUUCUGUACGGGGCUCCCCCACCUGCUGUUAACUUCUUUGACCCAAACAUCUCUAACUUUGCUAAUAGCCCCUCUUUGCAAGCUCACUUGCAGGCACUUCAGAUUGUCCAGAGGGAAGUCUGGAAGCCCCUUGCGGCAAUAUAUCAAGAUCACCAGAGCCACCCCGUCUCGCCUCAUCAUUUCCAGAUAGGGGAUUCUGUGUGGGUCUGCCGCCACCAGACAAAGAAUCUGGAACCCCGGUGGAAAGGCCCGUACAUCGUCCUCCUCACUACUCCUAGGGCUGUGAAGGUAGACGGGAUCACCGCCUGGAUCCACGAGUCCCACGUCAAGGCUGCCCGAACCCCGGAGGAAGCCUCAGAAACCCCAACCUGGAGACUACAGCGAACCCAAAAUCCUCUAAAGAUAAGGCUUACCCGAGAACAAUGAC